AUGUCAAUUUUUACGACCGUAAAUUUUCUUUCUCAAAAUCUCGACUCGCUCGAUUCUUGGAUUUAAUUUUGCGUUUAGGGCGUUGAUUAAUUAAAAAGAAAACAUUUCUUUUUAUUUAUCAUUCAUCAAUAUCUGUGAAAUAGGAUCUCAUUCAUCGUGUUUCCAUUUUAUUACACGGUAUUUGCAGUAAUGUGGAGUUCAGUUUUCAUUAUCAAUACAAUACAGACUUUAAGAACGUAAUCUGCAGCUGAAGAUGAGCUCAAAAGAAGACCCUCUACAGGUCGCAGUUUCCGUAGAAUCUAUAAAACGUGAGCCCAGAGAAUGCAUCGUUUGCGUGACGGAUUGCGUAGAUUACUUUGAUAUCCAUAAUACUACUACCGCCCUUCUUGGUACACCAUUAGGUAUUUUUCUCUAUAGAGUCACGAAUGUGGAACUUAACAGUCAGGAAUACACAAAAUACAUCUGUAAGACAUGCUUGGAUCUAGCAAAUGAAUUGGAGCGAGCGGAACUUGAAUAUGUUAAACUGAAAGAUAAUUUUGAGUCUAUCAUAAGUAGGAAUCCCCUGUUUAAUUCAACGGAGAAGGCGUUAACUGUGGGGAAUGCGGAGAAAGAAACAGAGUAUUAUGAGCCUGAGAAGGAUGAACUGCCAGAAACAAUCGAGGAAGGUGAGGACAGUGUGAGCAGUGAGGUCAGGAGUGAAGGAGACAGCGAUCACGAGUGGGAAGUCAGCUCAUCUCGCACCAACCUGAAGACACUAAUAAGAAAAACAAAAGCAUCACUUAAACCUAAAACUACAGACGGCGCACGCCCGCGGAAGCGAAGAGCCAAGAAGCCGAAAGCGAAACAGAAAGCGAGCGAGAAACAUAUGAGCCCAGGCGAGAAGUACGAAUGUGACGUGUGCCAGCGUCAAUUCACAAUGAAGGGGAACUACACGAGGCACAUGACGACACACAGCGGUGUCAUGCCAUUCGAGUGUCCCACAUGCCAGCGCCGCUUCAACAGGAAAGACCAUUUAUUGACUCAUAUACGAACACAUACCGGUGAGAAACCAUUUGAAUGCAAUUUUUGCCUUGUUAAAUUCAACCAGAAAGGCAGCAUAAUUAAACAUUUAAGGACCCACACUGGAGACGAACCUUUCGAGUGUAAUAUAUGUCAUCGCAAAUUCAAACAGAGACCGCAUCUGAAUAGCCAUUUAAGAAUUCACACCGGUGAGAAACCUUACGAAUGUAAUUUUUGUAAAAGAAAAUUUUCAGCGCGUUCCAAACUCAAAAUACAUGCGAGAACACACACCGGGGAGAGACCGUAUGAGUGUACGUUUUGUAAUCGCCAGUUCAAUCAAAGUGGCAAUUUACAAAGUCAUUUAAGAACACACACCGGUGAGAAACCUUAUGAAUGUGUUAUUUGCCAGCGCAGAUUCAAUUUGAAACAUCACCUCCGGGAUCAUUUGAGUACUCAUACGGGUCAAAAAGCAUUCGAAUGCAGUGUUUGCAAACAGAAAUUUAAUUAUAAGCAUGUAAUGCAAAAACAUAUAAAGGUUAUGCAUCCUGGACUUUUGUACGUUGGUUAUGACAUGAAUUCAGCUGAUACCGAGCCGGAGGUUAUAUUGCAAGUUGACGAGAACGAAGUAGAAUUGAAGUCGGAAACUAUUGUAAUAGAAAUGGAACCAACCGAUUGAGAAAUUGUUUUAUUUUACGAAAUAAAUGUAUUUAAAAAUC